AUGCUGUCGCGCGCCAUCCACGAGCGUGAUAUAAUGGGCCGCUUCACUGACAGCGUUGCCGUCAUGGACUGGCAGCGCGACUUGCAGCUGCUCCAUCAUUUUUCGACGUACACCGCUUUGACCAUGUCCGAAAUGGACAGCAUACGUCGAUGCUACCAGGUCUCGUACCCACGUGUGGGCUACGCGAGCAAAGCCGUCAUGCACGGCAUCCUUGGCGUGGCCGCCCUGCAUCUUGCCCAUCUUUAUCUGGACCAGCGUGCCAAGUGGCUCGUCAUUUCCACCAACCACCAGAACCGGGCCAUCAGCGGAUUCCGCCUGACGCUACCGACCAUCACGCCGGAGAAUUGUGACGAGCUGUACACUCUGUCUAGCUUGACGGUAAUGCUGCGCUGUGCUUCGCUGCCGUUCCCGUCAGAUCCCCGCCUCUCGGAUCCAAUCGACGACACCUGUGAAGUCUUCAUGCUCAUGCGAGGUGUCAAUGAGAUCUUGAAAACAUCCUACGUCUGGGUCGCCCAGGGCCCCAUCUCGGCCAUGCUCGUCCCUGAAAGAUUAGGGCCCUUUAUUCCUUUUGAAUCGACCGACUUGCUCCCGCUCGACGAUCUCGGCAUUCAGGAUCGUUUCGAUACGCUCAAGGCCAUCGCACUGCACGACUCUUUCGACCCGGCCAUUCGUAGAACAUUAUUGCAAUCAGUUGCCGCUCUGAGCAACUGUUUCCGCCAAAUCAUGGUUCAACCACCCGACCGCGAGCCUGGUCUUCUCCUCAUCUGGCCCAUCCGCAUUUUCCCGGAAUUCAUCUUUCUCAUCCGCCAGAGGCAUCCGGCAGCGCUGAUAUUCCUCGCUCACUGGUGCAUCGUCUUCCACAACCAUUCCAAUUUCUGGUGGCUGGGUGACCGUGGGCAGCGUUGUGUGCAAGCAAUCGCCGAGCAAAUAGAUCCAGAAUGGAGAGAUUACCUUCACUGGCCACUGGAUUACAUUGCUGACGAGAGCAACGUCGGUAAACCAGGCGUCGUUUGA